GAAGCAGCAUUCGCCGAAACUUUCCUGAAUUGGAUGUGACCCUUUCCCCAUUGGGAACUCAUAUAGAACAGGUCCAGACACACACAGUAGACUCGACCUGGUUACAGAGUCGAUUUCACUCAUCGAAACACAGCCUUGUACAGCCUUGUAUCGCUAUGACAACUUCACAGGCAGGCAGCGUCAAGCUCGCAAACGGAAGCAGCAUUCCUGCCAUUGGUCUUGGCACGUGGCAAGCUCCCCCCAGUGAGGUCGAGGGCGCCGUAGCUACCGCAUUGCGGGAGGGUUACAGACAUAUCGACUGUGCCCUCAUUUACAAGAACGAAGCCGAAGUGGGUGAAGGUAUCCGACAGUCUGGUAUUCCACGCGAGGAGAUCUUCAUCACCUCCAAGCUAUGGAACAGCUUUCAUCCAAAUGCCGUUGAAAGUCUGAACAGGUCGCUCAAGGACCUGGGCACGGACUACCUGGAUCUUUAUCUCGUUCACUGGCCUGUCCGACUUGUUCCCAAUGAAAGUUCUGAACUGUUGCCUGUCAAUGCCGACGGCACACGAGCAAUCGACCGUGACUGGGAUAUGGGAAAGACGUGGGCUCAGAUGGAGGAUAUCCUUGCUUCUGGCAAGGUCAAAGCCAUUGGAGUUUGCAACUGGUCCAUCCCUUAUCUCGAGCAACUCAAAAAGGGUUGGCGAAGCAAACCCUUGGUUAAUCAAGUCGAGCUUCACCCGCAUCUUCCGCAACAUGAGCUUGUAGAAUGGUGUAAAAAGGAGGGGAUCUUGGUGGAGGCCUAUUCACCUCUCGGAGGAGCAGGAGGACCAAUUUUGUCAGACCCAGAUGUCGUCAGCAUUGCCGAGAAGCACAACGUCUCACCUGCGAACGUUUUGAUAUCAUACCACGUGAAUCAAGGUGUCGUGCCUUUGGUCAAAAGUACUUCCCCAUCACGACUGAAGUCGAACCUCCAGACAGUGAGCCUUGAUGAAAGUGACAUGAAGAAGCUGAAUCGACUGAGCAGCCAGCCUGGAAAAGCCAAGCGCUAUAAUACUCCUCUCUUCGGCUGGGAUCUGGGCUUUGACGACUGGUAUGGACCACCCAAGAAAGAACACUAA